GCAGGCGCCUGGGAGUCAUGGCUGCAAAGAGCUUCGCUUCCCGUCUCAGGGACUCGCGGCGGUUUCUGAAUGGCUUCUUGGCCGGGGCUGUAGUGGGCGCCGCGGGAGCGGGGCUGACGGCGCUGCAGUUCCUCCGGCGUCGGGACGCGGCAUCCGCGAGGCCGGCUAGACAGCCACACGAAUCUGCAGAAAAAGUUGUUUUGGAACAGUUUGGAUUUCCGUUAACUGGAACGGAGACUAGGCGUUACACUAACCAUGCCUUGUCUUAUGAUCAGGCCAAACGGGUGCCCAGAUGGGUCCUUGAACAUAUAUCCAAGGACAAGAUCAUCGGUGAUGCAGACAGAAAGCAUUGUAAAUUCAAGCCUGAUCCUACUGUCCCUUUGGCUUUCAGUGCCCUCAAUGAAGACUAUAUUGGAAGUGGCUGGUCACGAGGUCACAUGGCCCCGGCAGGAAAUAACAAGUUUUCCAGUGAAGCCAUGGCAGAGACCUUCUACCUUUCUAAUAUCGUGCCUCAGAAUUUUGAUAACAAUUCCGGCUAUUGGAAUAGAAUAGAAAUGUAUUGUCGUGAGCUGACGGAGAGAUUUGAAGAUGUUUGGAUCGUAUCAGGACCUCUAACCUUACCUCACACUAGAAAUGAUGGAACAAAAACAGUUAGUUACCAGGUGAUCGGCGAGGACAACGUGGCAGUCCCCUCCCACCUUUACAAGGUGAUCCUGGCUCGCAGGAGCCCAGAAUCUACAGAGCCACUGGCACUGGGCGCCUUUGUGGUACCUAACAAAGCCAUUGGGUUCCAGUCCCAGCUCACCGAGUUCCAGGUGAGCCUCCACGACCUGGAGAAGAUGUCAGGCCUGGUGUUCUUCCCCCGUCUGGACCGAACCAGGGACAUCCGGAAUAUUUGCUCUGUGGACACCUGCAAGCUCCUGGGUUUCCAGGAAUUCACUCUGUACCUGAGCACAAGGAAGAUUGACGGAGCCCGGUCUGUGGCCAGGCUGGAGAAGGUUCUGGAAGCUUUGAAGAGCUCCGGGGUGGAACCUGACGAUUACUUCCUGAGUCGCUACAGGAAGAAACUGGAGGAACUGAAGGCUAAGGAGCAAAAGGACACCCAGGUGGAAAAGCUGUCCUAGUGUCUGUCUGGGUGUGCGCCAAGCACCAGUAACGAACAGAUUUAUUUCCAAGAAAUGAUGGAAUCCUAACCAAAAUCCCUCCAAAGACUCACUGGCUCAAAACUCAGUGUUUUCCUUCACCAGGAUCUGGGUUGGCUGAGAUGUUUUUAAAAAUCUGCUCUUCUCCUGCACAAAUACACUUGUGAUUUAUGUGCUCCUUCUCAAGACCCUGAAGUCCUCCCACCUGUCUAGAUCAGGGCAUCUGAACACUGCUGUUCCCCUGUGCAAACCCCACUGUUCCCAUCCUACCUGUGAGGAAGAUGAGGCUCAGAGAACUCUGUAUCUUCCCCAUUGGUGUUCUGCAGAAGUCAUCCAGAGUGCCUCAGAGUCAAGACGUUAGAUGGGGGUUUGACUCACGUCCGUACCUGCAUCCACGGCUGUUCCUGGUGCUAAGGCCCUCCUGGUGAGAAGGGUCUGUCUUGGAAGAGUGAGCACUUCAUUUCUGUGGGAAAUGAAGAAACAGUGGGUCUUUGAAAGAUGGAGAUACUCUGUGGGUUUAACCAGAGCCUGUGGUUCCCUCCAGGGAUCACAUGGUGCCAGAGAAGUUAUGUUUCUUGCUUCACUGGGGCCCUUCUAAAGGAGCCCAGGAAAGGUGUGUGCUGAGAGUCACCAGGUACCUCUGGUCCUGCUCUCUGCUGGGCCAGCACACUACAGGUAGGUAUAGCCUGGGCCCAAGGUCCAAACCAGCUCAUUCCCAGGGGAAAGAGCAGCUGCUUUCUGUGCUGACUGGUUUAUACAGCUCCUGAGCUGCCCUGAGUACACACAGCUCAGUAGCUUCCGGGCGAAAGGACUUGUCUGAAUCUGCCACUCUGCCACUGUCUUCCAAGCAGUACGCGAGUGAUCUUUGUGGCGUUGUAUCUGCCUCUGACAGAAAUGCAAUGGCGUUACAAUAAAGACAAGAAGGCUGAGACUGA